AUGGAAGUUAUUCACCUUAUUGCGGUCUAUGCUGCGCCUACAGUCAGUCGUCGAAGUGGGUUGUGGGGACAGUUGAAGCGGGUGAUCGAAAAUAUCGCUGAGCCGGUAUUGAUAGGAGGAGAUUUUAAUACUAUCUUGAGGUUGGAUGAGAGGUCAGGAGGCAAUGGUAGACUUUCACCAGACUCCUUGGCGUUCGGUGAGUGGAUAAAUGAACUUGCGUUGGUUGAUAUGGGUUUAAGAGGAAGCACAUUCACAUGGAGAAGAGGUAAAUAUACUCGGAAUUUUGUUGCUAGAAGGUUGGACAGGGUCUUGUGUAGUGCCCAGACACGGCUAGAACCUGAAAGGAGAGGUAAUCCUAAGAGGAGACCUUUUCGUUUUGAAGCGGCAUGGCUUAAACAUGAAGGUUUCAAAGACCUACUCUCGGCAUCUUGGAACCGGGAAAUGCGUACUCCUGAGGCUCUUGCGUUGUUGAAAGUGAAGCUUAAAAAGUGGAACAAAGAGGUAUUUGGAGAUCUGAAACAACGGAAAGAAAAGUUAAUGAAUGAUAUUAAGGGAAUUCAAGAGGAGCUGGAGAGAAACCCGACAGAUGCCUUGUUGGGGAGGGAAGCGGCUUUACAGAAAGAAUUUGAUGUUGUUUUGGAACAGGAGGAGGAAUACAAACUACUACCAUACGAGUACAAUUGUUCGAAGUAA